AUGAAGAAAUUUGAGUCCAAGCACCCACAGGUUGAGUUUGAGGUCGUAUGGCGAUCAUUUUGCUUGAAUCCGUUGUUCAAGACCAGUACGUUUACUACAUGCUUUCCAUCCACUUCCACCCAGACCCGUCUAAUCUUGCCAAAAACAACUUCUACAUACCGCCAGCCUUUCCAUGCCAAUGAAGAACCAUUGAACACCACUGACAGAGGGUCAGAAUGUGGCAAGAUCGCGCUGUACGACGAAAUGGCUGGCGGCCCGGGCAAAUUCCAGCCGCAUCUUGAUCGUGUCAGUGCCGUCGGUGCAUCCUACGGCCUCAAAUUCUUCGUCAGAGGUGACACCGGCCCGACGCGCGCCUCUCAGAUCCUCAUCGCCAACAUUCUCCGCCGCCGUGGACCCGCAGCCCAAGCACGAGUUGUAGAGGCCUUGUUCCGGAGCCAUUUACUGGACGGCAAGGACAUCUCAGACGAAGACGUCCUGGUCAGCUUGGGUAGUGAGAUAGCAGGUUUGCCCGCAGAUGUAGUUCGGUCAGAUCUGAGGGAUGAUGACAACGGACGGUUUGUAGACGACGAGGCGGAGGCAGCCGUGGAGGAGAAGGGUGUCGAGGCGGUCCCAUGCGUAACGGUUUUGGGAAAGUACAAGGUCGGUGGAUAUCAGGAGCAGGAGGUUUUCGACAAGCUGUUUGAGCGGAUAUGGGCGGAGAAUGCGCGUGUGUUGAGCAAGCCGUGA